GUCACCAAUGUAUUAGGCAAAAAAACCCAAAAUGUCGGCUUCUUCGUCAAGAAACUCUUCUCAAACGCCCAGAAAACUGAAAAUAGGCGCUGGAUCCGUGGUUUGUCAAGAAGCAGAGAUUAAGGGAGAAGUAACUAUCGGAUCGAAAACGGUGAUUCAUCCAAAAGCCCGAAUAAUCGCCGAAGCUGGGCCGAUAAUUAUAGGGGACAACAACCUGAUUGAAGAACAAGCCACCAUUAUUAACCCUGUGAUCAAAGAAGACGAGGAUGAAGCUGGUGAAAAGAUCGUCAUGAAGAUUGGAAAUCAUAAUGUGUUUGAGGUUGGUUGUGUGUGCGAGGCGGUGACAGUCGGGGAUAAUAAUAUUCUUGAAGCAAAGAGUAAAAUUGGUCGCCAUACCCUCUUGUCUCAUGGGUGUGUGAUUGGUGCUAAGUGUGAGGUGACUUCUCAAGAAACUGUGCCAGAGAAUACUGUUAUAUAUGGUCAAAGCUGUAGUCGUAGGGCCCAGGCGGAAAGACCCGUUCCACAGACUUUACAACUGGACUUUUUAACGAAGAUUUUGCCGAAUUAUCAUCAUCUGAAGAAAUCAAGUCGUUCUUGAAAAAAUGGCAUCAUAUUGAAAUUGCUUGCUUUAAAAAACAGCCCAAAACAUCUUGCCUUCUUUCCUUCCAAACUGUAUACCAGUUAAGGUAAUUUACAUUAUAGACUUGUAACUCUUAUUGAAUUAGGGUAUCUAAAAGAUGGUGUAGAAUAUACUUGCAUGAAGUAGAAACCUUUAGCUUAAUAUUUACCAUGAAAGGAAAUAUUGAUGGAUUGCAAGCAUUCCCAAGAGAGUCAAAGUACAAAAACAUGGCGGCUAUUGUGGUGCUGUUAACAGUGGACGAUAAGGAGAAAGCUUUUGUUAAAUGGCACCAACAUGGCCUUGAUGACGUAACAUGCAAUCAAAGAAUAUGUGCAUCUUGUACUAAUGUCAUAGUCAUACUUAAACUUCCAAGUAUAAAUUUCCUUUACGUGUACUUAUACCCAUUUUCAUAAAAACGUGACCAAAACAACUGUUAUAUUCCCAGGUGUCUGGGUUUUUUUUGCUUCUGUCAAUCAAAUUUUCAAUGGUGUGAGUUAAUAAUUGUCUUGAUUUGGCAGAACCUAAAUUUGGUGAUUCGGUCAUUUGGUCAUGAAAUUAUCAAAAUGGGUAAGACUUCACUGAUGUUUAAGACCUUCGCCCUAGCAUUUUAUUGAAAGAAAAGAUUUUAUUUAUAGAUUGGUUAUGCCAGGCAUGUUAACCAGCAUUAUGAUUGUGUAUAAUUUGAUGUUGUUCUAUAUUGAUAUUACAAUUAAGUCCCAUAUGGGACUAUAGUUAA